AUGUCACAGCAGUUACUGCCUCAGGCAUACUUGACCAACUACCACAACAGAGUCAGAAAUGAAAACGUACCGUGUUUUAUCACUGGGCAACCUUCGAGAGGUCACAAGCGAGCCAAAGUUGUCAACUACGCGGAGUUCGAGACAGAUCUACUAGAGGAGUUUGUGGAAGAUGAAGGCAAAGAUUCUAAUGGAAAAGAGGAGGAGAAUGGGAAAUCUGCAGAGGAUCUGGCUAAUGAAAACGCGCUACCCGAUUUGGAAUCGCAAGACGAUUCUACCAAUAUUUUAAAAUAUCCCCGCAUUCGCGAGACUUUUCUGCAGAGCCGGAUAGCAACUCCAUACAAAAUAGCCCUCUCAUCACAAACAAACUCCCAUUUGGCGCCUAUUACGAUUCCCAUACGGCUCAAUGCUGAGCACAACGGCCAUAAAAUUAUCGACUUUUUCACUUGGAACCUGAAUGACCAAUCCAUCACCCCAGAUCAGUUCGCAGCCAUAUAUUGUCAGGACUUAGAUUUUCCAGUCACCUCGACCCUCUGCAAUCAAAUAAGCGCAGCGAUCACUGAGCAAUUACAGGAGUACUCAACCUUAGCUUCGGUGAUAGUUCCCGACUUACAUGUAAUAAUCAACCUCACUUGCAACCUAGAUGAUAAGAUGUACGAAGAUAACUUUGAGUGGGAUUUGAACGACCAAACUUUAACGCCAGAGGCAUUUGCUUGCACGGUUGUUCAAGACCUUGGGCUCACACGAGAAUUUGCGCCUGCUAUUUCACAUGCUCUUCAUGAGGCUUUACUAAGGGUCAGGAAGGACUGGCUCGAAGGACAUCUGAGUCCCGAUCAAGUGGAUAAUGGAGCGGCUUUUGGGCAUAUGUCUGGCAUCAGGCUGAACGUGGACUCGCUGGGAGCAGAUUGGUGUCCGAAAGUCGAAGUUCUCUCACAGUGGGAAAUUGAGAAGCGCGAAAUUGAGAAGGAGAGAAAUUUGAGAAGGCUCAAGCGAGAGAGCGCUAAAGUGGAGGAUAGGUUAUCGCGGCGUAGCCGUAAGAGACGUGUUGAUGAUUUAGAAACCACGAUGAGGAUUUGA